GAGGCAUUAUAUGGUUCCAAUGUGCCGUUUAUGGUUCGUGCCACUACCAUAUCAAGACCAACCUCCAUCCUUCAGUCUCAACUCUCAAGGUCGAACAUUCGCUCGACUGAAGUUCUUUUGAUAUACACAUCUGAAUAAUAUUUUCCGCGUGUUAUUACUCUCUUGACCAAUAUCCAACGCAUCUAUUAAUCAUCACACUUGGAUCAGACGAUGUCAUCUUCUCUAGGAUUGAAGCUGGAACCACCAACCGAAGCCGAACCCUCAAAGUACACGUACCAGUCGUUGUCGGGACCCGACAAGAUCCGAGUUCUACACCUCCACAGAGCAGACUCAGAGGAGGUCGAAUGCACCCUUCAAGAAAUCACUCACAGGGAUGGCGGAUAUCAAGCGCUCUCCUACGUCUGGGGCAGCGACGUGAAACCCUAUCGCGCUAUCGUGAGAGACUCAGCUAGAAUGGUUCAGGGAUACAUCCCGUUGACAGAAAGUUUGAACCACGCGCUUCACGACCUGUGGGAUGCGGAAGAGGUCAAGAGCAAGGUUUUUGGAUUGAUCAGAUCUGCAUUGCCCAGGAUGGCAUCGAAAAGAAUGGGCAGGUCGCCAUGAUGGGAGAGAUUUUAUGCGAAUGCAGAGAGGGCGAUCACGUAUGUUGGACCGACCGGAGACCAAGAGGAAGAAAAGAAAGGGGUUCAACUCCUCAGACGAUUGGACGAGCAUUUUUCUCCAAAUUACGAGGCCUUCGUUACAGCUGAGGGUUUGAGGGAAAUUUAUAUCAGUCGAUC